CGUCUUGUGCUCACAAAUAGAUCCAAAAACUCCUAGUGACUAGUGUCCUUGUCAUACAUGCAAUACACACUAAUAACUAGACGUUUCCACUUUCCACUCUCUUUCUUUCUUGGCAGCGUUCUCCAUAAGCUAACACUACACCCUUUUGCUUCUCACUUCUUUUUUCUUCUCACCAGAAAUAAAUUAAAUAGCUCUCUGUUAAUGGCGGAUUGGGGACCAGUGCUUAUCGGAGUGGUACUCUUCAUACUGCUGCAGCCUGGGCUUCUGUUUCAGAUACCUGGUAAUAACCUUACUCUGGAAUUUGGGAGCAUGAAGACUAAUGGAAAGGCUAUUGCUGUUCAUACUCUUAUUUUCUUUACCCUUUAUGCUAUUCUCAUUCUUGCUGUUCAUGUUCACAUCUAUACUGGCUGAUUUCCAGAUCUUCUCCAUAUACCCCCUUUUAUGCCUACCAUUUUUCACUAAUCGAAGUUGUAAGUCCUUUUCUUACUCAAGUUAAGAUCUGUUUUUUUUGUAAUUUUGUUUUCAAGAAGAAAGAUUCAGUCUUUGGAAUGAAUUGCUCGCGUUCUAUUUAA